GUCCUCCCCCGGGCUCUGAUGGCAGGAUGGCGGAGGCAGGGGGACCGGAGUCCGCCGCGGCCCGGUGCCCGGACGAGUCGUCGGACAGCGAGCCGGAACAGGAGCCCGGAACUCCGCAGAAACUCAUUCGGAAAGUGUCCACGUCCGGCCAGAUCCGCAGCAAGACGGUGCUGAAGGAGGGAAACCUGCUGAAACAAACCAACUCCUUCCAGCGCUGGAAGAGACGAUACUUCAAACUGAGAGGAAGGACGCUGUACUACGCCCAGACCGCCAAGUCGAUCAUCUUCGAUGAGGUGGACCUGACGGACGCCAGCGUGGCCGAGUCCAGCACCAAGAACUUCAACAACAGCUUCACCGUGAUCACCCCCUGCAGGCGUCUGAUUCUGUGUGCAGACAACAGGAAGGAGAUGGAGGAGUGGAUGGCAGCCCUGCGCAGCGUCCAGAACAGACAGAACUAUGAGUCCACCCAGUACAGCAUGGACCACUUCAGUGGGAUGCACAACUGGUACGCCUGCUCUCACGCCCGCCCGACUUACUGCAACGUCUGCAGAGAGGCGCUGUCAGGAGUGACAUCACACGGCCUGUCCUGUGAAGUGUGUAAGUUCAAGGCUCAUAAACGCUGUGCGGUUCGAGCCACCAACAACUGUAAAUGGACGACGCUGGCGUCCAUCGGGAAGGACAUCAUCGAGGACGAGGACGGGGUGUCGAUGCCUCAUCAGUGGUUAGAAGGGAAUCUCCCGGUGUCGGCUAAAUGUAACGUCUGUGAUAAGACGUGCGGCAGCGUCCUGCGCCUGCAGGACUGGAGGUGUCUGUGGUGUAAAGCCAUGGUGCACUCCGGCUGUAAGGAGCAGCUGUCCUCCAAGUGUCCUCUGGGUCAGUGUAAAGUGUCCGUCAUCCCUCCCACCGCGCUCAACAGCAUCGACUCCGACGGUUUCUGGAAGGCGUCGUGUCCUCCGUCCUGCACCAGUCCUCUGCUGGUGUUUGUCAACUCUAAAAGUGGAGACAAUCAGGGCGUCAAGUUCCUGAGACGCUUCAAACAGCUGCUGAACCCGGCACAGGUGUUUGACCUGAUGAACGGAGGACCACAUCUGGGUCUGCGAUUGUUCCAGAAGUUUGAUACGUUCAGGAUCCUGGUGUGUGGAGGAGACGGCAGCGUCGGCUGGGUUCUGUCUGAGAUCGACGCUCUCACGCUGCACAAACAGUGUCAGCUGGGAGUUCUUCCUCUGGGGACGGGGAACGACCUGGCUCGGGUUCUGGGUUGGGGUUCGGCCUGCGACGACGACACCCAGCUGCCUCAGAUCCUGGAGAAACUGGAGAGAGCCAGCACCAAGAUGCUGGACAGGUGGAGCAUCAUGGUCUACGAGACCAAGUUUCCACGGCAACACUCCGCCUCCACCGUCACCGAGGACUGCAGCGACGACUCCGAGGUUCAGCAGAUUCUCACCUACGAGGACUCUGUGGCUGCUCACCUGUCCAAGAUCCUGACCUCAGACCAGCACUCGGUCGUCAUCUCCUCCGCCAAGGUUCUGUGUGAGACGGUGAAGGACUUUGUGGCUCGUGUUGGGAAAGCGUACGAGAAGAACACGGAGAGUUCAGAGGAGUCGGAGGCCAUGGCCAAGAAGUGCGGCGUCCUGAAGGAGAAACUCGACUCUCUGCUGAAAACUCUGAACGAGGAGUCUCAGGCCUCCACCGUGCUCCCCCCGGCUCCUCCCCCCACCAUCGCCGAGGAGCAGGAGGAAGGCGAAGGAGUCGUCCUGCCUCCUCCUCUUCAUCAUCCCCCUCCCUCCUGCUCCCCGCGGACCAACACCUCCUCCUCCUCGUCCGCGGCGGCCGCCAUCUUCAAACCUCGAGAGCAGCUGAUGCUGAGAGCCAACAGCCUGAAGAAAGCCAUCCGACAGAUCAUCGAGCACACGGAGAAAGCUGUGGACGAGCAGAACGCCCAGACACAGCAGCAGGUCUUCUCUCUGAGCCGGGCGGAGGAGGAGGAGGGUCUGGUGGAGGAGGAAGAGGAGGAGGAGGUGGAGGAAGAUAAGAUGUCGCUGCAGUCCUCCUACAGCGCCAAACACCGCAACACACGCAGAGUCAGUAAGACGCCCUGUGAGAAGCUGAUCAGUAAAGGCAGCCUGUCACUUGGCAGCUCCGCAUCACUUCCUGUCCAGACAGGAAGUAGAGAGAACAUGCCGAUGCUCAACACAAAGAUCCUUUAUCCUGGUCUCAGAGCAGGUAUCUCAGGCUCUCUGUCCAGCAGCUCAGUGAUCAGUCGACUGUUGGUGAACGCCGACCCCUUCAGCUGCGACCCUGACAACAUGGAUUGCUACACGGAGAAAUGUGUCAUGAACAACUACUUUGGGAUCGGACUGGAUGCUAAAAUCUCUCUGGACUUCAACAACAAGAGAGACGAGCAUCCAGAGAAGUGCAGGAGUCGGACUAAGAACAUGAUGUGGUACGGAGUCCUGGGAACCAAAGAGCUGCUGCACAGAACCUACAAAAACCUGGAGCAGAGAGUUCUGCUGGAGUGUGAUGGGCGGCCCAUCCCCCUCCCCAGUCUGCAGGGCAUUGCCGUGUUAAACAUCCCGAGCUACGCAGGAGGAACCAACUUCUGGGGAGGAACCAAAGAGGACGAUACCUUCACCGCUCCGUCCUUCGAUGAUAAGAUUCUGGAGGUGGUGGCGGUGUUUGGCAGCAUGCAGAUGGCCGUGUCCCGAGUCAUCAACCUGCAGCACCACCGCAUCGCACAGUGUCGGACGGUGAAGAUCACCAUCCUGGGGGACGAGGGCGUCCCGGUGCAGGUGGACGGGGAGGCGUGGAUUCAGCCUCCAGGCUACAUCAAGAUCAUCCACAAGAACCGGACGCAGACUCUGACCAGAGACCGGGCGUUCGAGAGCACCCUGAAGUCCUGGGAGGACAAACAGAAGUGUGAGUUCCCCCGGACGCCCCCCCCUCAGCCCCCCCUGUCCUCCCAGCCAGAGAUCCUCUCCGAGGAAGAGGCCUCACUCGUCAGCGAGUUCGGUCAGGCGGCAGGAGCCCUCAUACACAGUAUCCGUGAGGUCGCUCAGUCUCACCACAGUAUGGAGCAGGAACUGGCUCACGCCGUCAACGCCAGCUCCAAGGCCAUGGACGUGGUCUACGCCAACUCCAAGAGCUCCGGGGCUCUGAGCUGCAGCGUGGUCCUCCACAUGGUCAGCAACGUCAAAGCUCUGCUCAGUGAGACGCAGCUGCUGCUGGCUGGAAAGAUGUCCAUGCAGCUGGAUCCUCCUCAGCAGGAACAGUUGAAUGCAGCUCUGAGUUCUGUAGCUCAGCAGCUCCGCCGGCUGGCUGACGUGUCCUGGUUGUGUCCCGUCAUCGACCCGUCAGACCACGAGGGUCCUCUGACUGACUUCUCCAAGCGCAGUCGGAGCGCAAAGUUCCGUCUCGUCCCGAAGUUCAAGAAAGACAAAAACAACAAAAACAAGGAGACGUGUGCGACUCUCUCUCUGCCCGUUCACCAGUGGGGGACGGAGGAGGUGGGGGCGUGGCUGGACUUUCUGUGUCUCACUGAGUAUAAGGACAUCUUUAUCGGACACGAUGUCCGCGGCGCCGAGCUCAUCCACCUGGAGAGGAGGGACCUGAAGGACCUGGGAGUGACAAAGGUGGGUCAUAUGAAGAGGAUCCUGCAGGGGAUCAGAGAGCUCAACAGGAACAGCAGCGCCAGCGAAGCCUGACGGCUGCAACAAGCAACCGCUGCCUGCUCUCCUCCUACCUCUGCUGCUACCGACGACCUCAUCUGCCUGACCUCUGACCUCCUGACCCACAACCAGAACCAGCUGGUCCAUGACAUCACACCUGAACCAGAACCUCCUCACAGGGACACAGAGAACCAAUCAUAUGAUCCGCCAGUGCCUUGUCAUCUCACCCACUGACCAAUCAGCAUUCAGGAGGUGGAGCCAAACAUUUAUCUACCUUCAGCAGACUGUUUUUAGAUGAUGGAGUGUGUCGGCUGGUCCGGUCGUCACCACGGAGACGGACUGUCAGAUAAGAUGCCAGGGUUCAUCUGCACGACUUCCUGUACACUGUAAAAAAAUGUCAUCUUAAUACAGAAGCACAUCUGUGUUUUUACAGAUUUCAGCUUCCUGCCGUCUGUUCUCUCUAACAAACACACGGUGCAGCUGCUUUAACACAUGAUGACAGCUGUGACUGAGAUGUUUGAACUAUAUUCUGACACAUAUUACCAGGAAUUAUUGUUACAAGCAGCUUCUUUGGCCGGUAGGAUCAGUACAAAGAUAUGAAAUCACAUUUUAUGUGGAAUUAAAAAGGCUGAAAAAGUCUUAAAUUUAACUUUGUGAACCUGCAGAAACCGGAUGUUUGGUCUGAUCCGUGAACGUCAGCAGACAAAGUUCGAUUGAUUGAAAAUUACUCUGCAACCAUUUUGGUAAUUGAUUAAUAUUCUCUGGUUUCAGCUUCUCGUGAGGAUUUUCUUGAUCAUAUUUGUCAGUGAAUUAAAAAUCUUUAAGUUUUGAACUGUUGGUCGGACAAAACCAUCAAAAUUUAGACAUCGCAGAGGACUCAGAGAGAUUGUGAAUUUUUCAAAAGUUUUUAACACUUCAAUCGAUGAAUCAUGAAAAUAAUGUUAGUUGCAGCUCUACAACACUGACACUCAAAGAACCGAAACUCUUUACUAAACAAUGCAACACUAAAUGAUUUAUUAAGAUGGAUUUUUUUGCAGUGUACCAGGUCGACGUCUUAGAUUGACAGGAUGUUAUUUUGUGUUUUGACACAUCAGUGAGUUUCACAUGAACAGUGAACUGACUGGAGUUAAAAGAGGAAAAUGUGACCUGCAGGUAAACCUUCACACCGACACCACAGAACGUCUCAGAACUUUUUUAUCUUACAACCGAUAUGAGUCCACUUGUUCUCCAAAUCCUGAGACAAAGACGUCUCUGCAGCUCCGUCCAGAGAAACACUUCAAACCAAAACUUCCUGGACCAAACAGCAGCAGCAGAGAAGAUUUCAGGACUCAAUAACAGACCGGAUGAUUGUUAAUGUGGAGAUCUUUCAGCGUCGGUCGUCUUCUGUCCUCAAACACCAACAGCAGAGACUCCAGGUCAGUUUCAGGAUGUGGACUCAGUGUCCAGCAGAGUCUGGCUGAUCUCAGCUGUGUUCUGG